GGGGGAAGACCCCUUUGGAUCCUCCAUCCUCGUAUCUGGGUUUGAAGAUAAACUCUUGCCUGCUUGGUAAAACAUUGUCGCUCAGACAGCAAAGAAAAACCAGAGCCAGGAAGGUGCCAUGGCUCCAAGCUCCUAUUCAUCUUCCCAUUCCCCAGCUGAACACAGAAGCCACAGGAAAACAGGAGCGACAUCGACAUUUGGUGGCCCGUACGGGGACUGAUCACCCCCGAGACGUGACAGCGGACAACGCUCCAGUACAGAGCUGCGAGACAGGUGAGUUGGGGAUAAGCCUGGGCUCUGGGUGGCGCGCACCUACAGGGCUUUUAGACUCCCCUCAGGCUCACGCGUAAGUGGCGGAUUCCUUGGGCCUCACGCGGUGAGUAACAUAUUAAAAGAUGGGAAACAUGCUAGGUAGCAACACUAAGAGCGAGGGUGGUUGUGGAGAAAGCUCUCAAGAGCUUACAAAAGUACGCAGGGUAUUUGAGCAGGCCCAGUCAGGGAGCUCCCGAGAGGGGCCCGUCAAGGGGAACAAAGAUGCUAAGGAGAAGGACGGGGCUCUAGCCUCGGAGUCGUCUGACUCCGAGGACGAGGGAAAGUUGAAUGGCAAGGAGGCCAAAGAGACCAGCUGUCAGGAGCCUAAGUCGCUCGAUAAGGAGUCGCAGGGUUCUUUCCCAAUAAUUCAGGGUACCACAGAGCCAUUUGUUGACUUUGUGGCCCGAAUGCAAGAUGCUGCCGAUAAGAUAUUUUCUGAUCCGGGAGUGGCUCGACCGCUGGUAAGGCAGCUGAUUUUUGAGCAAUGUACAAAGGAGUGCAAGGCAGCGAUAGCUCCUCAUAAGAACAAGGACCUCAACGCCUGGAUUAGGAUAUGCAGAGAGAUAGGGGGGCCGCUCUCCAACUCGGGAGUGGCUGCUCUCCUGGCCGCGGCUGUACAGCAGAGGGGACCUCUCGGGUUAGAAGGGGAAUGUAAGGCUAAAGGGUGUUUUGCCUGCGGGGAGCCAGGACACAUUAAACGUCAUUGCCCAAACAAUGCAGAUGCUAGGCCUCGCCCUAGGAAUGAAGAACCAUAUGUUUGUGGGCGAUGCAAGAGGGGAUCACACAAAGCUGAGGAGUGUAGGUCGGUCUUUGAUGCUCAGGGCAACCGUAUUUGUGGACGAGAUGUUAGAGGGCCAAAAAACGGCCAGAGGGGGCCCCCUUCACAGGCGGGCCCCCGCCCCAGAGACAGGACAGCUCAGGAUGGCAGCCUUCAACAAGGGCCACCCCUGGGUCAGCAGGUGUGGACCUCAGUGUCGCCUCCAGACUUAUAUUAGUGUUCCUGUCUAUCCAGACAUUGCUUCAGAACAGACACCAUAAGGUCUUCACCACCCACAUAAGAGCACAUACAUCCCUGCCGGGGCCCAUGGCACAGGGGAAUGCGGCUGCUGAUACUGCCACUCGCCCGUUAUGGAUUUUUACCUUACUAACACCAGUCGAGCGAGCCCGUGCCUUCCAUGAUAAGUUUCAUGUCAAUGCCAGGACACUAGCAAACCAUUUCCAUGUUUCCAGAGCAGAUGCACGAGAUAUCGUGCGACUAUGUGACUCCUGUGCCACAUACAAACCUGCCAUACCGAUGGGAGUAAACCCUCGAGGUUUGAUCCCUGGUGAUGUUUGGCAGAUGGACAUCACACAUAUACAGGAGUUUGGGACUCUUAAAUAUGUUCAUGUUUCCACAGACACCUGUUCUCACGUCAUAUUUGCAACAGCAGAAACAGGUGAAAAAGUGUCUAAUGUGAUCAAUCAUUGCCUGGCGGCUUGGGCCGCAUGGGGCAAACCAAAAAUAUUAAAAACUGAUAAUGGACCAGCCUAUAUAGGCAAAGCCUUCAAUGAGUUCUGCAAAAUGAUGGAGGUUCAAUUAAAACAUGGUAUCCCAUACAAUCCCCAAGGUCAAGGAAUCAUUGAGAGGGCUCAUAGAAGCCUCAAAGAAAUUUUACAAAAACAAAAAGGGGGAGUAAGCCAAGGCCUGCCUCCAAAGGCGCGGUUAUCUAUGACAGGACAAUGGAUGGGCCCGGAUCCAGUGGUCAGCUGGAACCGAGGCGCGGUUUGUGUUUUCCCACAGGAAUCGGGACGAGAACCACUGUGGGUACCGGAGAGACUGACACGGGCGACAAAGCCCUCGACUGAAGAUCAGACCUGCCCUACCGGAGAUCCAUCACAGACCAACCAACAAGAUGAAUAGAAAUAGCGGUAGCCCAAAAUGGACAAGAAGAUCCUCAGGCAUAUGCAUGGCUCGCUCGCCUAGCCUACGACCGAGUCUAGGGGUGGUGAGCUUCCCACACUCCUCCUCUAAAAAAUUAUGACAUAGCUGGGUAGGAGAGUCAAUGACGGGUAAGAGCGUACUCCCCCGGUGCGACUCAACCUAAGCCAGGCCCUACCCCAUCCUGCACGUAAGCCGCUGGACUGUUAGAUGCUGCCCAGGUCUAAAUUUCUCUCCGAGGGGAUUUCUUUACGGAGAGAAAAUGAGUGCAAGCUUGUGUGCAUCCAGGUUCCGUCCAGUUUGUGCCUGGCCCUAGAAAAAGGACGAGGGCCUCAGGGCCUUGGCAGACCAUGGGACGGCCGACCAGGGUCUAAGCCAAGGACCUACGGUGGGCCUACGCAUAGGGCAUAAGCCUCUGCACCCAGUCCAGAAAGGGCUACGAUGCGCACAUUCAUAAAAAAUAAAAAAGGGGGAGAUGUUGGGAGCCGCAGCCCCGAGCCCGGUCGCCUCACUUGGCGGACGUGAGGCCUGUAGUAAAGAGUAAAGCCUGAGGUAGAUUACCCCUCCCAUCGAGCACGUUAGUUUCCUGCUUACCGCGUAAGCAACCCGCUCAACAAUAUAGUCUGCCUGGCAACUGAUGAUGUUAGCCAAUCAGCUUGCCUUGCUUACUUUAACAUGAUUGGACACUGUAUCCGUAUAUAUACUGGUGCCACCCCUGGGGGGGAAGAAGAAGCCCGGAAGUAGAAGCCCAGAAGGAGCCUCGGGGAGCGGACCAAAGGAGGCUUCGGCUGGGAGCGAUCCCAGGGCAGGCUGUACGGAGAAGAAAAAUAAAAGAAAAGGUUGUCCACUGCCAGACUUUGUCGUGUGUCCUUCCUGCCGGCCAGGAGCGACAUCGACAAGUAAUACCUGUAACUGUAAAUGUGUGUCUUCCUUUUCCCCUGGGUAAAAGAUUGAUAUGUUAAUCAAUGCUCUCUUCUGUAAAGAAUUGUAAAAUCUUACCCAAUUGAUAUGUUAACCAUUGUUGCCCUCUACAAAUAGAAAGGUUGUGGUGCUAAAGUAAAGUAAUUAUGUCAGGAAACUCAGAGAUAAAGUCUGCUGACUAUGCUAAUCAAGAUUGGGAAGUAUGUCAGAACCAAGCCACACAGGAGCUAGGUGACCUAAAAAUAAGCUGUGCAAAACAAGACAGUUAAUCAACUCUGACCCACUGGUCGCCCCUCAUGAUCUGACCAAUCACAAAUGGACAAAUCACCAACUGUUCUGCUCUAACUGCUAUGAUUGGCUUCUGUAACAAUGCUUGCUUACUUUGCGGUUUUCAUCCUUAAAAACACCAGCCUUGCCCCAACUCAGGGUUCUCCGUUUCCACCUGUUUGGAGGACCCCGUGUACACGGAAUAAUAAAAACCCCAUUGUUUUUACAUGA